UUCACUUUAUUUUUCCUGCAGAUGUAGCGUUAAAGUGAGCGCUGAAAAAGACGUGGUCAUGGACGGCGGCUUAGCUGUGACAUUGAUAUCGGUUGCCGUGUUUGUGGGUUGUUUCUUUCUCGGGUUCGUCCCGCUUUUAUUCAGACUUUCUGAGAAACGGCUGCAGUUUGUGACCAUCCUGGGAGCAGGACUCCUGUGUGGGACGGCACUGGCUAUCAUCAUUCCUGAGGGCAUGGACUUACUGGAAAAUUCAUGGAGAGCAUCAAGCUGCUCAGCUGUUCCCGCUGCUUUGAACACCAGUGAGAAGGAUCCAGCCCCCACAGAGAGACGCCCUCCUCCACGCUUUUUCAUUGGGUUGGCCUUAAGUAUCGGGUUCACCUUCAUGUUUAUUGUGGAUCAGAUUGGAAAUUACUGCUCCGUGCACGACCUGCAGACUCGUUUGCCAAACAGUGUCAGCUUCACUGCCACUCUCGGCCUGGUUAUUCAUGCUGCAGCUGAUGGAUUUGCUCUGGGUGCUGCUGUGGCCACAUCUCAAGUCACCGUGCAACUCGUAGUGUUUUUCGCUGUGAUUCUACACAAGGCUCCUGCAGCUUUUGGGUUGGUCUCCUUUCUGCUGCAUGCAGGCCUUGACAAAAAGCAUAUACAGGGACAUUUGCUGGUCUUUUCAGCAGCAGCACCAAUAUUUGCCAUUACCACUUACUUUAUAUUGCAUGCGUCUGGGAGUACAUGUCAGGACCGUCUCAGUGCUACAGGUAUAGGGAUGCUUUUCUCCGCUGGGACUUUCCUCUAUGUGGCCACAGUGCACGUGCUCCCUGAGAUCAGCAGCAACAAGACACACCAGCUGCCCCCUGAUCUUGAGGAAAUCAAUGGAGGGAAUGCACACCAGCACCAGAAGCACCUGGGUCUACUGGAAAGCCUCACUCUGAUCAUGGGGGUCGGGAUUCCGGUGUUGUUGGCUCUCGGGCUGAAUGAUGACUGACACUUUGUGGGAGUUAAGUGCCAUUCCCUGGUCACAGUGCCAGUAUAACUGAAAAGAAAACGCUGAGUGCCUGUCUCCUUUAGAAUGUACAGUGGAUAAGUACUUUAGUGUUGGCCAUGGGUGCAAAGUACAGUGAAAAUUGCUCAGUUAGUGACAGACGUAUUAAACUUGGCAUAAGAAUUCUCUAAAGCAUAUUGACAAUUUUCAGGGGUGGAGCCAUUGCAUUUCCAAGGUUCAUUAGCAAAUGGUUGCUAAGAAAUGUAUUUACCUUGACCAAAUCAAACGACCCCCAAAACCUGAAUUCAAGCCAUAGUACACUGUGAAGACUAAGACAUGGUGGAGCAAGCAUCAUGAUAUGGGGAUGUUUCGCAUACUAUAGUGUCUGGCCUAUUUAUCGCAUACCAGGGAUCAUGGAUCAGUUUGAAUACAUCAAAAUACUUGAAGGGGUGAUAUUGCCUUAUGCUAAAGAGGAAAUGCCCUUGAAAUGGGUGUUUCAACAAGACAGUGACCACCCUGGUCAGCAUGCCACUCUCAUUGUAGUGACAUCUCUGCUAUUUUGGCAUUGUGGGAUAGCUCGCCCACAGACUGAGCUCGCCGCACUACUUUUGGCUGACCCAGUUUCCGGUUGUUUACAAAAUGGCGCUGAAUUUGCCGACAUGAGAAGAUACUGCUGGAUGAGUGUGAGUGUUGACUUUCAAUCAUUUAGGCGUAAAAACAUACGAGAUACACAAGUUCACAGGAAUAUAUCACAAUUAUCUGGGAACUACUUUUUACACAGGAAUUUAUCAAGCACGUGGGUCGCGGGAGCGUACUAACACAUAAUAUCCAGAAACUGGGCAGUUGUUUGGCCAAAACGAGUGUCCACUUUUAGCUUGUCAUAAACUAAGCUAGUGGCGCACGUGAGAGUAUGGACGGUGACCCCAAACACACCAGCAAGUGAGCAGCAUUUUGGUUCCAGACCAUCAAGAUUAAGGUUAUGGAGUGGCCAGCCCAAUCCAGGGACCUUAAUCCAAUAGACAAUUUGUGGGGUAACAUCAAAAAUGCUGUUUCUGAGGCAAAACCAGGAAAUGCAUAAGAAUUGUGGAAUGUAGUCCAAUCGUCCUGGACUGGAAUGCCUGUUCACAGCUGCUAGAAAUUGGUUGACUCCAUGUAACAGAUGUGAAGCAUUUCAAUAUCAAUUUCCAAUUUAUUUAGUUUAUAUUGUGCCAAAUCACAGCAAAGCUGCCUCAAGGUGCUUCACACAAGUAAGGUCUAACCUUACCAACCCCUACUCUUUACAGGCACGACUCUGAAACAUGUUACUAAGACACAAGAUGUGAAAUGCUUUUGUGAAAAUGUAUUUUGCGAAAAAGUCCUUACAGUGUCAAAGCCUCUGGGAUGUGAACAUAUAGGCUAUACAGUUUUUUUUUUGUUUGUUUUACAUGUUAAAAACUGGCAGACAGUCUGUUAUGUAUUUAGCUGUGGGAUUGUUGUUGACAGAUGACAUUUGUCCAAAAGCACCCUAAAAAACAGGUUUUCUACUGACGACUUUGAGUUUAAGUUGUUUUGUACUUUUAAUACUUUAAAUAAAAGUGUAUAGUUAUUAUAA